AUGACCGCUUCAGAGAAUGCCAGUGUCGGCUUACCUGGGCCUCAGUCGCAGCAGCACCAACACGCCGAACACCAGGCAGAGCCGUCGCAAAUGAUCAUAGACAUGGACCAGCCUCCAGGAUCCAUCGUCCUCACACGCCAGACGUCAGAACAGUCUCAAGAUCCUCCGCCCUAUCAGCCUGUCGACUUUGCUGCGGAUGGAAUACCUGCCAACGUAGCCGAUGCCGAACUCGUUGACGAUCAAUGGAACAUCGCCAAGGAGGAAGGGUCUAUCGAGGAAUACUAUGUCGACGACAGCUCGUCUGAGGACGCUCAAACCAAACGGAAGCCAUGGGGGAACUCUGGAAUCAUCGGCGACCCCGUUGGCCAGAGCUCGGAUGAGUAUGAUGACGAUCUGGAUGAAAUUGCGGACGACGAUGAGGACGAGGCAGACGAGGAGGAUGAACUGGAGGAUGACCUCGAGGACGAGGACCUUGAUGAUGUCGCGUUUUCGGAUGGGGAUGCCGAUGAUAUAGAUGACCCAGCUGCCCUUGUCUACAAUCGAUCUAUGCUUCAUGGUCCCUACCUUCAGCCACCCAGACAGGAUGUCCAGGCGAGGAAGCGUCACGCUCGGAACGGCGGUUUGAGAAAACGACCUCAGAAGUUCAAGGCCAUCGCAAGCACAGGACGACGUUUCAACCAAGGACCAACCUCUGGUUCGGGCUCUGAGAAUGAUCCGAGCACACAUACCGGUACCCAGUCGCCUGGGCAAGUCUUCAUGCAAACUUGCCGCGAUGUCACCCGUUUCUUGGAGCACGGUUCAUUACAACAAGCUCUGGAGAUGGCAAGCGAGCUUCUCGAGUAUGCCGUGCAGUCGAGAAAGAGCGGUGAGGUGCUCCCCGAGGGCAUGUGUUCAGCAGAGCAGCUGGUGAUCCUCGAAAAGUCCUUUUUCGGAACCUGGGCAAAACUCAUGAUUGAGAAGCGACCCAAUGCUCACACGAAAACCAUUGUGAGCUGUCUUGAGGAGUUUGUAGAACUAGGGUGCUUGAUUUUGCAGCAGGACAAAGCGUUGCCCGAGUUGUUUGGUGAGGUCAUGGGCGUCAUGUUCGAACAAAGUGAUCUCGAGAUUUACAGGAGGAACCCGAAGCGACCUUCGAGAAUCCAGCAUGGGAUGUCGCGGUACCAGGAGUAUCCAUCGGAAUACACAACAGAGGAUGAAGACGUGCCACAUCUACAGCAGCAAUUCAUUGCGCUGUUUUCGAACCUCGGUGGUCUGGAAAUAUGCCUGGAUGCUAUUGAAGGUGGAGUCGAGAGCGCCGAAUAUCCUGAUACCAAGCUGAAGAACCUGCAGAUGCUGCUAAAUCUCAUGUCACGGCUCCAUGUACAGGGAGAUUCAGAACCACAUCAGGCGAUUCGAGUAGCCGAGACAGCAAAGCGCCUCACAACUGCUGUCCUCGGAUACUUCCCCGACCACACCGACAGUUUCAAAUCUGUCAGCAAGGCGACAGUGAACGAUAUCAUUCACGAUGUUGGCUACUUCUUGCUGGAGAAUUAUCGACUCGUCUCCGACUUCAUUCAAGAGCCCGACACAGUCUUUGAGGAGUUUGACAUUCACGAUUCCGCUUCCCGAUCCAGCAUAGGCGAAGUCAAGUUUGCCGAUUUCAGGAUCGAGAUGGCGGUUCGUCUGAUAAAGGCCAGUCGCUUGGACUUGCGACUCGCUGGGCUCGUCGAGUUGAAGGAGGUGCUUGUCAGAAUUCAGCGGCUUCAACAAACUCGGUCCCGCAUGCGUCGUAGAUCGGAGGCCGACAUGGACCUGCAGCUUGACCAGGAUCGUAAGCCCAUCGAAUAUCUGUGCACAAAACUGCAGGGCUUACAUAUUGUCGGGUACAUUUUUGGACCAAACAUCCAUCUGGAGAUUGUUCAGCGGAGCACAGACUUGCUGGCAUUUUUGGUUCAAGCAAAGGUGUUGACAAUGGACGACAUCGACUUGAUCUGGGCGGCAGUUGGGGGCAAUCAACAUCGAUCGAUUGUGUACGGAGUGUACCAAGUAUUGGGCGAUCUCUCCAACAAAUUCCCCCAGGAAGUUUUGCGGAAUCUAUUCGUCAAGUUACAGGCAGUUCCGUUGUCGAACUGGGACUUGCAAUUGGUCGAGCUGACCCGGUCACUUUUCCAACCCAUGGUGCAGCGGUCAAGCAACUCUGAGGACGGAUCCUACUCUUUGAUACCCUAUGAGACCCUCUUGAACGUUUUGAGAAACUCGUCACUGUCCUUGAGCUCGCGAGACGACUUGACGUAUGGAUCUGCUACGCCGCCUGUCAGUCGCGAUGUCCUUGCUGGGAUUAUGCAGCUUCUCUCAGAAGGGUUGGGUAUUGGUCCUCCACCACAAGAUAGGACUACUCUGAUCGAGUACUGCCUGAGAGAUCUCAAGGCCGACCACCCAGGAGCAGUUUGGGGUCUUUUUGUGGUCCGACACAUCUUGGAUCAGUAUUUCCAGAACAAUGACCAAGAACAGGCCUACCAAUACUACCGAAAGGUGUGUGCGCCCUUGUCCGAGCUUUUCAUCUUGAACUUGAAGACGUACGCCGCUGCUGUCAAGGCGCAGCCUCCUACGCCAAGUCCCACGGUAUCCUCCUUUGCAACUUUGUCAAACCAGUCCCAGGUUUAUGAGUACUGGAGAACGAUGCAGCUCAAUGUCAGACUGGAUUUCCUGAAGUUUGUGACAAGGCUCUAUCCACCUUAUUGGAAUUCUACCACCCUCGCCGAUACAUUGUGGAACAGCCUCGUCAUGGAUCCCAUCGGUCCCCAGGAGCAAGAUGAGACGUUCAGCUGUCUCGAGGCGAUGAACGACCUGGACUUUGUCCUGCAUAUCUACGACAGGCUCUUGCCUACGUUGGACAUUGCCAGCAUGACUCCGAGGGCAUGGCACUGUACCGAUCCAACGAUUGAUGGCUCACAGAACAUUAUCGUCCUCGCGCCUCUUUACGGAAUGGAUCUGAUCUGGAACAUUGCUCUCCAUGCGCGACUCCCUGCAAUUCAUCCUGGCCAGGACGAGAACGCGUCUAAUGCAGCUUUGGAUGCCUUCCGUGAGGGUCUUGUCGAGUCUUGCGUGGGAUAUCUUGUGGAGUCGUCUGAGCAUCUGAAUAGCGAGAGCGAAAUGGAUACUCCAGACAUUCCCCUCCAGUUUGAACGCUGUAUCGGAAUUUUGAAGGCCUUCUUAGGCUCUUGUAAGACACGAGGCGUAGGAGGCGAGCGACAGGAGAUACACGGCACUCUGGAUGAAGAAGCCAUGCUAGACGUCAAGAUCAGUUCAACUAUGCCAAUGUUCCACCUGUCGAUUCAUCCGUCAAGCAGCUUGGGAGCUUUGCGAAAGGCAGUUGCAGUCAAAUUUGGUUGCAGGGAGCCCGAGGAAAUGCGCCUGUUUUUGCUGGGCAAGGACCUUCCAUUAAACCUGGACAACAAAACGCUGGAGGAGUUACACGUCGAGAAUGAGGCUGCGUUUCUGGCAACAAGACGCCCACAGUCUAAUGUUCCUGUGCGCCUUUCUAACGAGCUCAUGAAACGCGCACCUACGGACUUGCUCUUGAAACCAGAGUUUUUCGAGCGGAUUCGAACCAUUUUCUUGCUGGACGAAAAGUAUGCUUCGCAGGCAUGGGAGGUUGUGACACGUCUUCCAACAAGUCCCGGACUGCUUCGUCAGCUGGAGGAACUGGAAGAGGGUGUCGACUGGACAAACCUACUGGAUGCGCGCUCGCCUUUUUUGCUGCUCUAUUCCUUGCAGAUUAUCGAUUCGCUGAUUAAGCGCGACCAAAGCAAAGAGGAUGAAAUGGAUCAAGAAUGGAUCAAGAGGUUCUUGGAGCUCGGCGGUCAGCAAAAGAUCACUGCACUGCUGGUGUCGGAUUCAGGACUCGGCGCGGCGAACUCAAGUCGGACAGCACGGAAAGCAUUGGGCCUGAUGCUCAAGAUUUUGGUCCGCCUUACCAGCUCAUCCAACAUCGAGAACAAUUUGACAGCGGAGUCAGGUGGACUCACCGUGUCAGUGUUCCUGAACAAGCUUGUCUCCGAGAUCCUCACUUCUGCUUCGCGAGAAGGGGGAUACAGCACCUAUGACCAAAGCAUCGUUCUCAACGCCACCAGUUUGAUCUCGUACUUGUGCGCAGGUCCGCUCGGUUGGGAGUACUUCCACAAGGGAUCGGACAUCCGCUCACUGAUCUUUAUCUCUAUGGUGAAGAGCGAGUCGAUGCAAAUCCGCGAGACUGUCCUCCGCAUGGGUACCAAGUUUUGCGAGCAGAGCCAUGACGCGCAAUCGGAGGUGUCGCCUGCAAUGUUCUUCCUUAAUAUUCUGCAGUCGUUCCUCCCUAUCUCUAAGGAAUAUGCAUGCAAUUGCUCUGAGCUGCUAAAGUUCUUCGAGAUUGUUGUCAGGGAAUCGAUCUAUUACUGCACCCCAGAAUACUACGCAUCACUGUACACAAGACUCAUGGAGACCAUUAUCAACCACCAGUCGUCAGAGGAUCCCUCUUAUCAGAGAGAAGACACAGUGCUCGUCGGUAUGCUGAAGGUGGCCACAGCCAUGAUUGGAACUGACCCGCGACUCAAGACUCUGGACCAGGGGUUCCAAAUCAUUGACUACGUCUUUGAUGAGUGUCUCUUCCCCCAGCCAUACGCGACGGAUGAAACAGGCGCAUCGGUAACCCCUAGUGCCGCAAAAUGCCAGAGCGAGGGCUCGAGAUCAGCAGCUUUUGGAUAUCUCGAGGAGUCUUCCAGGGACAACCUAGAGACGCUGCGAUAUGUCAUCACAAAGAUCCGCAAGCAUUUCGAUCGAGACUCUGAUAUUGGAGAUCAAUGGGGCUAUGAUCCUCAAAUGGUGAAGAGAGCUAGUUGCGGCUUCGUCGGAUUGCAGAACCUCGGCGCAACUUGCUAUGUGAACUCGAUUGUCCAGCAGUUUUACAUGAACAAGGGGUUCCGUCAAGGGAUCCUUCAAGCUCCUUCCGACGCAGAAGACCCUUCCAACCAUGACACUCUUCUCUAUCAACUGCAGGUCCUUUUCAGCAACCUUCAAGAGAGCAAAAGGCGAGCGUACAACGCACAAGGCUUCUGUUACUCGUACAAGGACUGGGAUGGUAACCCGAUGAAUGUCGCGGUUCAGAUGGACGUUGAUGAGUUUUUCAGCAUUCUUUUUGACCGCCUGGAGAACAGUGUGAAGGGUACGCCACAGGAAGAGCUGUUCAAGAAGCAGUACGGCCUCAAGUUGGUCCAACAGAUCAAGUCCAAGGACUGUGAGCACAUCUCCGAACGCGAGGACAACUCGUUUUCUAUUCAGUGCGAGGUCAAGAAUAAGAAGACCCUAGAGGAGAGCUUGCAGCUCUAUGUUCAGGGCGAAAUCUUGGAUGGAGGUAAUAUUCUAAUUGUUUAG